AUGAUUAGAGUUCAUUUCUGCAUCUUCAAUAUACCAUCGUUCUGCAAACAAAAUGAGAAUAUCGCAUGCGUCCGGCGGCGUUUGGCUCAUGAGACAAGCUAUCCAAGUUGUCCAACAGGCACAACAAGUGAUGAACGCAACCACACUCCAGCAAGUGGAGCUCUUCAUUGUUCCAUAGGGCAGAAAAAGCAAAGUUUGAUUGGUUGGCUCUUUAAGACAUUGUAUUUAUUCUGUGCAAUGCAAUUAUUACGUGCCUACCUUUGCCGUCCUUCCGAUCUUCCAGACGGCGUGAACCUUAUCGGAACCUGCAAUCACCCUCGCCAGAAAGGGUGUAAGGUCAUAUGCGAGGUGAACGGCACUGUCGUCUGGAAGGAGACUGUCAACUGCCUGCAUUCCAAAAAGUGGAGCUCCUUGCCUCCCUGUCGAGCCCUGGAACUGCUUCGCUGCAGUAAAUCGAAUGAGUUUUCCCAGACUUCCCCUUUGGCAUGUGUAAAGAUUCACAUCGCUAUCCCGGGGGCCAACCUGGCUAUGAAAGCGAUAUGUCCCGAUAUCCUUCGUCUCUUUUUUGUUUUUGGAAACUGUAGCUCGGUGUCUGGAACCAAGUGCGCAAUCAAUUGUAAUGGUUUUGUCCUCUUGUGUCUGGUAAACAGCAAGUGGUCGCCGAAGUGCUCUCUUCCAGUUCCAUCGCUGUGUCCGGAACUGACAUUUGGAGAUCUUCUGAACUGCUCGAGGAUUGAAGGAGUGUCCUGUAAGGUUCGAUGUCCGAAUGGCAAACUAGCGGACGAAGAAGCCAUUUGCCUGUCGACCCUGGAAUGGUCUCCUCUGCCGGACUGCCGAUACCGGCGGCAGUGCGCAACGCAGAAACUUCCCGAUAAAAUCCGCUUCCUCGUACCCUCCUGUCAGAGCUCAAACUCCCACCAUUGCAAAGUGGGAUGUUCUGUCUCUUCACGUCUUGUUGCAGUUCAAGAUGCAGAGUGCACACCCUGGGGCGAAUGGAGGGGAUUGCCCGACUGCAAGAAUCUCCCGAUUCUCUUCAGUGACAGCAUUAAUCAGAAAAAGAGAUGCGCGAAUAGACGUGAUAAAUGCAUCAGGUGUGAGGGGCGAUCCAACAUUCGCUGCUCCAGUUCCAAGACACACAAGCGUGACAUUCCCUUGUGUUCACCACUGCCUCAAAGAUUCGAAUUAAGUGGAGCAUGUUCCCGGAUGGUAGGUUCAAUAUGCAUUGUACAUUGCAAAAAUGGGAAUUUGGAAGGAAACAAAACAAUUUUUUGUUUCUUGACUGGGCAAUGGUCCGAGCUUCCUCUUUGUCUACAACGAAAUGCUACCUGCCCCAGAAAAGUUUCUCCCUUUUUAUCAUUCGUUUCUAACUGCUCGUUCGUUGAAGGAGCGAAGUGCCAAGUUCGAUGCCAAAAGGAUUACGUGCUGACUGGCUUGCACAUUAUUACCUGCGGGAAUGACUCUUGGAAAUAUGUACCGAAAUGCUUUCCCGAAGUAUUAUCUCCUUACAAAGCGUUGAAAGUGGAAUGCAGGUUCCCGCCUCUCUUACACAGUAGCUUAAAAAUCGUCGGCUCAUGCAGUCCUAAAGGCGGAAUGAGUUGUGAUGUUGCUUGUAAAGAUGAAUCCGCUACCCUAAGAGGUCCAAACGCCACCACGUGUCUUUCGCCUGGUCACUGGACCGAUACGAAGUUUUGUAUUGGUGGUGAGCCAUUCUGUCUAGAGCCAAUAUUGUCCAAAUAUUUAGAAGCAAUUGAAAACUGUUCUGAUAAAAUUGUAGGCUCAAUAUGUCAGGUUCGAUGUCGGGCCAGGCCUGACAUCAACUUUACUAUGAUUUGCAAAAAUGGACUGAAAUGGAGUGCACCACCUAAGUGCGCAUGUCCAGAACCUUCAUUAAAAAUAGGCAUGGAAUUGAUUGAAAAGUGCAAGAAUAAACAACCAAGCGAGUCUUGUUCUGUUAAAUGUAAGCAUGGGUUUUCGAUGAAUGGUAAAGGUAUUAUCAUAUGCAACGACGAAUUGAAAUGGACAUCUAUGGCUUUCUGCACAAAAAUCCUUUGUGAAAAACCCGAGGUGGGUAAUAUGCUUAUUUUUAAAAAAGAGUGCAUGUCGAAAUCACCCGGUGACAGCUGUAGAUUAGAGUGUAGAAAAGGAGGCAAGUUGCUGGGACACAGCAAAAUUCAGUGCACUGAUGCAAAACAUUGGACCAAACCACCCAAAUGCGCAUGCCCACUGCCAAUUUUAGAUGAGAGUUUGAAAACCAAUCACAAUUGUAACGAGAUACUUCCAGGUCAAAAAUGUUUUCUGAACUGUAAAGACAACUCAUUGAUAAUGAAUAAACGAUUUAUUACGUGUCAGAAGGAUCUGUCAUGGAGCAAGGCACCUGAAUGUGAGAAAAAAUUAUGCCCAAAUCCGAAACUUUCUGAUGGUCUUACAUUUGUAGAAGACUGCUCUUCAAAAGAACCAAAUGAGCACUGCAACAUAGAAUGUCAAGAGAAAGGCAAAAUAUUUGGGACUAACUACAUUGCCUGUAUAAAUGCAACGCACUGGAGUUCUCAACCUCUCUGUUUUUGUCCAAUCCCUAUUUUAGCUAUUUUUUUAACAGCAAAAGGGGAUUGUAGAAACAAAUUACCUGGUCAAAAAUGCCAUCUAACUUGCAAAAGAGAUAUGACACUUAUUGGUGAUGCUUUUAUAAGAUGUCAGAAGAAUAUGACAUGGACCAAAGAGCCCAUAUGCAAAAUAAUCCAUUGUGAGAAAAAGAAGUUACCUUCAUUUCUCCAAUAUGCAGGGGACUGCACUGCUGUAUCGCCAGGUGAAACGUGUUUCCUCAAGUGUAAAAAUGGUGGUAACUUGAUAGGUCCCAAAUUUAUAACUUGUAAGAUAGGCCUUCUUUGGACAUCUUUGCCGACUUGCUCAUGCUCGAUUCCAAAUUUAUCGGAAGAUUUAAGUACGACCGAGAAUUGUAAUAACAAAACUAUAGGUGAAAAAUGUCAUUUACUGUGUAAAAAGCAUUUUUCUUUAAUUGGUGAAAACUUCAUGAAGUGUCAAAAAAAUAGGCAGUGGACUACGCCGCCAACAUGUAAGAAAAUGUUCUGUUCAAAAUUGAAAUUACCAAAAAUUCUUGCUUUCAAGGAAGAUUGUUCAUCAAAGUCGCCGGGGGAUUACUGCUCGGUUACAUGUAAAGGGAAUGGGAAGAUUGUAGGACACCAAAGAGUGAUGUGUAUAAAUGAGAAAAAAUGGACUGCAUUGCCAAAAUGCUCUUGCCCUCAUCCGAAAGCACACAGUAAUUUGGUUACUUCUGAAGAUUGUUCCAAUAAGUUUCCAGGCCAAAGAUGCAGCUUAAAAUGCAAAGGAAAUCAUGUCAUCUAUGGGAAGAGCUAUAUCAUUUGUGGGAAGGAUACACAAUGGAGUUCUAUGCCAAGUUGCCAAACUGUUCACUGUAGUUUUCAGAAACUUCCUGAAAUAUUAUCUUACGCGAGCGAUUGUUCCUCAAAAUCGCCCGGUGAGUCAUGUCUUCUAAAAUGCAGUGAAGGAGGAAAGCUGAUUGGAGCUAAUAAAAUUACAUGCCUUAAUAAGACUAGCUGGAGUCCUUUUCCGAUUUGUACAUGUCCAGUGCCACAUUUAGUAGAUAAUUUGUCAGCAAUAGAACCGUGUCAAGGCAAAACAGUCGGUGAAAAGUGUCACUUGACGUGUAAAAGUUCUCUGUUAUUGAUUGGAAGGCAUUUCAUUAUUUGCCAAAAGAACACUCGAUGGAGUUCGAUGCCAAGAUGCCGAAAGAUAUUUUGUCCCAAACCUAGAAUAAGAAAUGAUUUGGAACUUUUGGAAUAUUGUUCUUCGAAAAAAGUUGGAGAGAAAUGCAAGUUGAAAUGCAAAGAAGAAGAAAUCACCUCAAUAUCUAUUACAUGCAUAAAAGCAAAAGGUAUAUUGAUUUGGACGCCUUCGCCGCAAUGCGCAUGCCCGAAGCCGAUGCUGGCGGAAGGGCUAUACGCAUCUGAAGACUGUUCAAGAAAGGUACCCGGAGAUAAAUGCAGACUCGCGUGUUCCAAAAAUUUAACUCUGAUUGGAAAAGGCUUCAUAACUUGUGAAAAUAGUACCAAAUGGAGUCUAUUACCUAAAUGCAGUUAA